AUGGCCGCGGCCACCUCUAACCCCUACCUCCCCGGCAACGGCAUCCUGGCGGCCGGCUCCAUCGUCCACGCGGACUCGGGCGGCGGCGGCGGCGGCGGCGGCGGCGGCAUGCAGCCGGGCAGCGUGGCCGUCACCUCGGUGGCGGGCGGCUACCGCGGCGACCCGGCGGCCAAGAUGGUCCAGAGCGACUUCAUGCCGGGCGCCAUGGCCGCCAGCAACGGCGGCCAUAUGCUGAGCCAUGCCCACCAGUGGGUGACAGCCCUGCCCCACGCCGCCGCCGCCGCCGCCGCCGCCGCCGCCGCCGCCGCCGAAGCGGGCUCGCCCUGGUCCGGCAGCCCCGUGGGCAUGACGGGCAGCCCCCAGCAGCCGCCGCCGCCGCCCGACGUCAAGGGCAGCGGCGGGCGCGACGACCUGCACUCGGGCGCGGCGCUGCACCACCGGCCGCCCCACCUGGGCCCCCCGCACCAGGGGCACCCGGCGGCCUGGGGGGCGGCGGCGGCCGCCCACCUGCCCUCCAUGGCCGGCGGGCAGCAGCAGCAGCAGUCGCUCCUCUACUCGCAGCCCGGGGGCUUCACGGUGAACGGCAUGCUGAGCCCCCCCCCCGGCGGGCAGAGCCUGGUGCACCCGGGGCUGGUGCGCGGCGAGACGCCGGAGCUGGGCGAGCACCCCGGGCACCACCACCACCACCACCACCAGCACCCCGGGCACCACCCGCCGCACCACGGCGGCGUCAACAGCCACGACCCGCACUCGGACGAGGACACGCCGACCUCCGACGACCUGGAGCAGUUCGCCAAGCAGUUCAAGCAGCGGCGGAUUAAGCUGGGCUUCACCCAGGCCGACGUGGGGCUGGCGCUGGGCACCCUCUACGGCAACGUCUUCUCGCAGACCACCAUCUGCCGCUUCGAGGCCCUGCAGCUCAGCUUCAAGAACAUGUGCAAGCUGAAGCCUUUGUUGAACAAGUGGCUGGAGGAAGCCGACUCCUCCACGGGCAGCCCCACCAGCAUCGACAAGAUCGCCGCCCAGGGCAGGAAGAGGAAGAAGCGGACCUCCAUCGAGGUGAGUGUCAAGGGGGCCUUGGAGAGCCACUUUCUGAAAUGCCCCAAGCCCUCCGCCCAGGAGAUUACGAACCUAGCGGACAGCCUGCAGCUGGAGAAGGAGGUGGUCAGGGUUUGGUUUUGCAAUCGGAGGCAGAAAGAGAAACGGAUGACCCCCCCGGGGAUCCAGCAGCAGACCCCCGACGAUGUCUACUCCCAGGUCGGCACCGUCAACUCCGACACGCCGCCCCCUCACCACGGACUGCAGACCAGCGUGCAGUGA